UUGUUGGCUCCGCCCUCUCAUAAUGCAGCAUGGGCAAAAAAUAGCCGACUAGGUAGCUUCAGUGAGGUAGCAAACUCCUUUUGUUGAAUAUUUUGACCGGUUGAACUUAAGUGAUGUACCAACAAUGCCGAUAGUGGAUAAACUCAAAGAGGCGCUAAAACCUGGCCGGAAGGACACGGGUGAUGAGGGUGACCUCAACAAGCUACUGGCGUCUUCGGCUAAAAAGGUCCUUUUGCAGAAAAUAGAGUUUGAGCCUGCCAGCAAGGGUUUCUCCUAUCAGCUGGACAGCCUGAAGAACAAGUAUGUUAUCCUCAAUCCCAGAUCAGAGGGGGCUAUAGGGCAGAGGGCGACAGAGCCUGCUCUUAUAAAGAGGCAAGCCUCCGAGAAUGUGGUUGGGAGUCAGGGCGAUGGGAUCCCAGCCCCGCAGAAGAUGCUUUUUCCAGGGAACAAGCUUGCACUCAAAUGGGAGCGUGUGUACAGGGUGGGGGCUGGCCUUCACAACCUGGGAAACACCUGCUUCCUCAACUCCACCAUUCAGUGUCUCACCUACACCCCACCACUGGCCAACUACUUGCUGUCAAAGGAGCACAGUCGUGCCUGUCACCAGUCAGGCUUUUGUAUGAUCUGUGUGAUGCAGAACCAUAUCAUCCAAGCCUUUGCUAACACAAGCAAUGCCAUUAAGCCUGUGUCCUUCAUCAGAGACCUAAAAAAAAUUGCUCGCCAUUUUCGCUUUGGAAGCCAAGAGGACGCUCACGAGUUUUUACGGUACACCAUCGACGCCAUGCAGAAAGCCUGUCUCAACGGCUACCCCAAGCUGGAUAGGCAGACGCAGGCCACAACACUGGUCCACCAGAUCUUUGGAGGUUACCUCAGGUCACGGGUGAAAUGUUCGGUUUGCAAAAGUGUUUCAGACACAUAUGACCCCUAUCUGGACAUCGCUGUUGAGAUCCGGCAAGCUGCAAACAUCGUGCGAGCCCUGGAGCUGUUUGUUAAACCAGACGUUUUGAGCGGAGAGAACGCCUACAUGUGCGCAAAGUGCAAAAAGAAAGUGCCGGCCACCAAGCGCUUCACGGUCCAUCGAACGUCUAACGUGCUGACGCUUUCACUCAAAAGGUUUGCCAACUUUAGUGGAGGAAAAAUAACCAAGGACGUUGGUUACCCAGAGUUUCUGAACAUCCGCCCCUACAUGUCCCAGAGCUCAGGUGAUCCUGUUAUGUAUGGUCUUUAUGCUGUCCUGGUGCACUCUGGUUACAGCUGUCAUGCUGGCCACUACUACUGCUACAUCAAGGCGAGCAAUGGUCAGUGGUACCAAAUGAACGACUCAAUGGUGCACUCGAGCAACAUCAAAGUGGUUUUGAACCAGCAGGCCUACGUUCUUUUCUACCUGAGGAUACCUGAAACAAAGAAGAAUGCAGAUGGACAGGCCACCAAGCAGGGAAUGUUGCAUUCUGGGAAAAAUGGUGCAUCGUCAGAGCAAAUUAAAAGGGCCAACCUGAAUGGGCCUCUUUCCUCCCCACAAGUCACAAAGAAACUUGAGCCUGCUCAGCUGCGUAAGAUCCAGUCUAUGGACGGUGGUUUGGGUUUGCCCAUUUCCAGGAAUGGUGUGAACUCCCAGUCCCAGCCCAGAUUCUCCAACUGGACGUCAUCCUCCAACGGUCAACCAAAGCUGCAGAAUGGACCCACUGUUAUUGAGGAACCUUUCAAAAAGGUUAAAAAGCCCACUCAGCAGAGCCAGGCGCAGUCCCGCAGUACCACCCCCACUCCUUCCAACAACGGGUUCACCAGGACGGAGGGGGAUAAAAAACAAGGUGGUGAGGGAAGAGGCAUGGCAGCAUCUACCUCCUUUAAGUCUUUGUCUGACUCUUCCUCUGCUGACACCACUGACUCAAAGGAGUCGGUUGGUCCCAAAAGUGAACCGGCGAGAGGGACCCCCUCCACUCCUCGGAAAGGCUCCAGCAGCUUGGCGUCUCCAGCGAGGAGCGUGGAGCGCUCUCCGAGCACAGAGGAGCAAAAGACGGCAAAAAUCAAACCCCCGGCCCUCAACAACAUCGCAUCUGAAGCCACCAGCACCAUGUCACCCCCACCUGCCAAGAAACUGGCGCUGUCAGCCAAGAAGGCUUACAGUCGGACUCUGAGCAACAUUGAUGUUCUGCCUCAUUUGCCAAACCAGCUCUCCUCUGACCAUUUGCAUCCAAAUCAACUUAACUUCCUCGCCAAUGCCUCAUCCACUCACAGAGUCGGUUCGUUCCAUUCAUCUAAAGCCCUGUCGUCACCUCGUACCCACUCAUGUGAAUCCGCGCAGAAGAGCCCUCACAAACGGUCCCCUCUCACCACAUCGCAAAAACCAAAUGCCAACCUUUCCCAUCAAACCAACGGGUUUCACAGUUCAGGCUCAAAGAGCCCCAAGUCUUCCAACAAUCUAAGCUCUGUGGCUGAAGACCCAAACACUGACCCGCCGUCUCAAAACGCCAACCAAAAGAAGAAGAAGAAGAAACGACGGCAUUCUGAGAUGGAAGGUGACGCAGAGACUUUUACGUCCCAACUUGCGCUCACACAGUCCAGCCCCGCGGAGGCCGUCAGUGCGAAGAGGUGCAAGAAAAAAAAGAAAAAGCGAAAGCACGAGAGUGACGACGGAGAGCAGUUGAUAGAGAGGGAAUGCAUUGAGUCUCAUUUGGACACAUCAAAUCAGGAGGAUUGGUGUCAGAGUGGCGUAUGGAGCCUGACCUCUCAUUCAGAUGCAGAGUCGAAGCAGAAGGCUCAAGUUUCUGCUGCAAGUACAACGCAGCGCGAGUCACAUCAGAACGAACAGGAACAGGGUUCUGUGAAUAAGAAGAAGAAGAAGAAGAGAAAGAAGAAAAAGAGGAUUGAACUGCAAGAGGCUUUGCAGGAAAUGAAUUCUACAUGCUCUACAUCAGAAAGAAAUUCUGAGCCACAGCCCACAGAAACUUGUGAUGACACACAGGACUCUAUAAAGACGGAAAAUAGGUUAACUGUGAAGAAAAAGAAGAAGAAGAAGCUAAAAGAAGAGCUGCGGCUGCUGAAGGAGAGCCAGCCCUCUGAUGACAGCCCUGCAGAGGAGCCCCCUUUCAACAAAACCACCUCAGACCACGGCAAAGUUGGCAAACAGAGCACAGCUCCAGCUGUAAUGUGGGACAGUCAGGUAAAGGACGGCUACAAACGCUGCAAGGCCCGAGCGGCUAAUGGGGCUGUGUCGGUGGAGGCUUCAAAAGCUGCUCCCUCUGCAGCCUGGGAUGGAAAGAAGAGCAGCGACGUUGUUGGCGAGCUCCUCAAGAACUCCACAGAUAAAGCCUACGGAGCCUCCGUCCUGAGCUGGGACGGAGAGGUCUCCGCUGUUAGUAAAGAUGCCAUCGAGGAUGUGCGCAGUGCCAUGCGCGACACUGUGAUCGACGAGUGGGAUGAAGACUUCGACAGAGGAAAGGUGAAGAAGAUGAAGAACUAUAAAAGAGAGAAGUGGAGGACUAGCAGCAACUUUUUCCAGAAGGUUCAGGAUCACUGGAACAAGUGGUCAGUUUUACCCGGAGGGAAGAGGGUCUUUGGAGUCCGACGCUGAAAGACUGGAAAUUGGGACAAUUACCGCAAACUUCUGUUUAUUUUUUUAUUAUUUGUUUUCUUAUGUCAUUUUUCAAAUUUAGGAGUGAUAAACUGACCCUAAGAUUAAAUCUGGACAAAUGAAUUUGAUUUCCCAAAAUCAAAUUUUAAUCUAAACGUCUAAAAGUCUCCGAACAUUCAGGUUUCACCAGAAAACCCUCACAGAUCCAUUUCACUAUUUAGGGUAUGUUAGCAGCCUUC